UGUCGCGUCACGCCGGAAGGUGGAGCCUUCUGUGAUUGGCGUGUGCUAGGAUACCAAGGACGCUUCACGUUUUGGAGUUUGCUUUACCGGAAGAAGAAGAGUUAUGCCAAAAUCACCGACGGACACGGUGUCUUCUUUUGGACACUGGGGAUGGAACAACGAAACACAAAGCCUGGAGUUCACGAGUUUUGAACCCCCUGCAGAAGUACAAGAAAACAAAACGACAAAGACAUCUACCUACCAAGAGCAGUUCAGAAAUCAUCUGCAUAAGUGGCAAAGAAACACUGUGGGAGCAGCUCAGCUGAAUGCCUUCAAGACGUCAAUAAAACGCUCACAAAAGACACAUGUCACAAUUCAUGAUGUUAAAUUGGCAGCUGUCUCUUUGAUACAAAGGGAUGAAUUCCCAAUACCUACAUGUUUUCUGUCUCUACUAAAGAGCAAAGAGCUGGACGAGUUUCUUGCCUGUGUCCUUCUCUACUUUUCUUGCUACUUUGAGAAGAAAGCACUGGAGGAAAUACCAAAUGAUGAGAGUGUAAGCGAGAGGCAGAAAAAGGCAGAAAUAUUUGUUAAGGUGGAGAUGGCGCAAAAACAGCUUGCCCUGAGUUAUGCAAUGCUUCUUCUUGGAAAGGGACCAUGUGGCUUGUUUCCACAGCACCGUACGGCCGGUGUCAGGGGCAGGCAGUCGUCCACUCACAGUGAUAUACAACUGGAUGAGUGUCUCCUCAGCUUUUGCAGCUAUGCUGCAUGGGUGACCUUCGAGAGGCGGGACCUGAAGGGAAUCCAGAUUGAGAUUGGCCGCCUGUUCCGGUCAGACACUUUUAACCCCGCCCUGAGGACUGAAUCGGAGGAAUGUGAUGAGAAGCAGAAAGAUCAGGACAGUUCUAAAAAUGAGGGUCAGUCUGAGGUUAUGAACCCCAGAAAAGCGGCAGAGAAUGACAGGAAGUCUAACCGGCGUCCGACACUGAAUAGCAUCAUAACCCAGCGUUCCCCUCUGAUGGCCUCUCUGCUGCCCACUCCACAAGAACAGGCUCCUCACCUGUUUGGGAACUUCAGACGUCUUAAACAGGGUUUAAAAUGUUCAAAUGAAAAUUGCAAUUUAGAGUCGGUGAAGAAGGAGCUGAACCAGCAACUCACCUCUCUCUGCUUUGGGAUCCUUGGAAAGCCUUUGAGCCAGUUCAGCUCUGAAAGCCUGAAGCUUCAGGGAAGUCACAGUGAAGGAGAGAAGGAGGAUGAGGAAGACGAGGGUGUAAACAGUGCCGUGACAAAAAAUGACUCACAUGUGCAAAUCAAGACUAGCAAAACCUCUGUCACAGCACAAAGAUUGAUGACCACAACCACAGACAGACAUAGCCGCUGUGGUCGAGCUGACUCGGUCUCCAGAGCGACAACUGAGGAAGUGAAUUCAGACACGGAAUGAGGGACACACUGCAUUUACAAACAGGUGGCGUUUUGAAUAUAUCUGUUCACUUCAGGUUCUUCAACUUUAAGGAAGUAACACAUAAUAAAAUACAACUGGGCAAUAAAGAAAUGUGUAUUUUUA